AUGGCCGACUCCAGCAGCCAAGGCGACUCAACACCGCGUGCUGUUGAGGGAUCAGGGUCGGAAGACCAGGUCAAGGGCAAGAAGCGAAGUCUUUUUGGUUUUGGAAAGAAAAAGACAGGUUCCUCCAAGUCUGAGUCCAAGGAGGACUCGGCCCCGACCCUUCUCAGGGAGAGCUCCAAGCUGUCCUCGGCCACGCAGUCGACCGAGCUGCAUACCACUGCACCAUCCUCUCCGAGGGCUCUGAGCACCUCUCCACGGCUCGCCUCUCCUGCCCAUUCCCAGAUCUUCGAGCGAGACGUCCAGGACAGCACGAUUCCUCAAGACAACUCCUCCGCCAUCCCGACACACAUUCAAACCGAAAACCACAUUCCUCCAGUUUUAGAUGACGCCUCUGAAGCCAUCACAAACAACAAGCUCGAUCCCGAUGCGGUUGAGAUUGUUACACACAACUCCCACCAGCCAGCUGCGCUGACCGUGGCAGCGACCAGCCCAAUCUCGCCAUUGGUACCGUUUGAGCUGCCUUCUAGCACCGAGUGGGCAGACGAGCUCAGCCUCUUCACCAAUCGACAAGCUAAUGCCACCUCAGACAAUGCAUCCAACUACGGCUCACUUGACUCGGCCGAUGUUCGUCGACUCUCCUUCAUCUCCUUUGCAGAUGUCGUCCAGUCUGAACAUGGAGUUGUGGGUGGCGCGAGCUCCCGAGAUAGCAUCCACCUCGCCGGACUCACAUCCCUUCCCUCGGCUCUCAACCGUUCGCCAUCUCCGAUCCGAUCGCCAGUUUCGAGUCAGGGACCAGGAACGAGCCCACCAACGAGCAACCCAGGCAGCGUGAAAGGCGUGGAGAUGAGUCCUUCUCGCAAGCCACUGGGCAGCCCCAAAAGUGGAAGCCAAAACCUCAACAUGUCGGGAGAGCUGAACAUUGAGACUAUGUCCCAAGCUCUGCGAAGAACCGGAAGCUCUGAUUUCAGCAACUUUCGAAGUAUCCCGACCAGCCCCGUCGAGGAGGUUGUGUCUCGGUGA